CCUGUGCUGUAUGAAUUAGUGUCAGUGGUAUGGACAAGACACACACUGCGAUCUGACAUUCACGAUAGGAGCUCCGCCGUGGCAAAUGGCUAAAACCUACGAUUACCUCUUCAAGCUCUUGCUCAUAGGAGACAGCGGAGUGGGAAAGACGUGUCUUCUGUUCCGCUUCAGCGAGGACGCCUUUAACACCACCUUCAUCUCCACAAUCGGAAUCGACUUUAAAAUCAGGACUAUAGAGUUAAAUGGAAAGAAAAUCAAACUCCAGAUAUGGGACACAGCAGGACAGGAGAGAUUUAGGACCAUCACCACGGCAUACUAUAGAGGAGCAAUGGGUAUCAUGUUAGUGUACGAUAUCACUAGCGAGAAGUCCUUUGACAACAUCAAGAACUGGAUUCGCAACAUUGAGGAGCAUGCAUCAUCAGAUGUAGAGCGGAUGAUCCUCGGAAAUAAAUGUGACAUGAAUGACAAGAGACAGGUGUCUAAGGAAAGAGGGGAGAAGUUGGCAAUAGAUUACGGAAUCAAGUUCUUAGAAACCAGUGCAAAAACCAGCAUAAAUGUGGAAGAGGCCUUUUUCACCUUAGCGAGAGACAUUAUGGCCAGACUCAACAGGAAAAUGAAUGAUGGCAGCAGUUCAGAAGGUGGGGCACCAAUUAAGAUCACAGAGAAGCGUUCCAAGAAGCACAGCUUAUUCAGGUGCACACUCAUAUAACAGACUCCUGUGAGAGGAAUGCAUCUAUGGACUUCAUCUGUCUAGCUGCAGAAUCAGCUGGUAUGGAAGGUCGUGUAAGCCUCUACUGAGAGGUGCACUCUCACGUUCUUAAUGAACAGGAAGACUUCUGUUCAGCCAGACCAACCGGCGAGUUGGUGAAAAAGGAUACUGGAGGGGUUCAAAGUACCUAGUUUGUGAAAUGUCUUAUUGAUUUUUUUUUUUUUUUUUUUAGUCUUUUUGUAAUAAUCAUGGCACAUGUUUAAGUUUGACUGUCAAUUUUUUUAUAAUAUCAAAGCUUGAAUUAUUCAUUUUAUAGAGCCUUUAUUCAUAUUUUAUAAAGCUUUUAUAAGCAUAACAUACCCAUGUUAUACUGUCAUUACACAUUGUUUGUGAAUAGAUUAUCUCUAAAAUCUAUAGUAUAAUUAAAGGGCACCUUUUUAUAGAUUUAACUGGAGGUGGAAUUAGGACAGCUUAUGUAUAUAUAUUGGAAAAUGUCUCUGGGAUUGUCUAACAGGCACAUAACCAUGUAUAGCACUGACGGAGCUCCUGCACUCCCCACAGUGUGGUGACACAAAUAUAGAACAUGACAGCUGAACAGCAUGAUGGGUAAAAGUAUGCCUGUUCAGUCUGUCCAUGUGUCUGUAAAGCAGCGACCAAUUAAAACAGGGGCAUGAUGUAUAUAGCACACACAUUAGGCCAGGGGUCUCAGCUGUGGUCCUGUCAGUUUGCUGAUUUUCCUAUAGAAAGACACCUGAUUGAACUUUUUAGGUAAUGAAGGGGUUUAGUCAGUGUGUGAAUGCAAGGAAAUCACUAAACUGUGUAAGGGAUUAGAGACAGAAAGAAACUUUUGGUCCUGCAUUGUAGGAGGGGUAGCAUUGUUCAUGUUGUUUCCAUCUCUGAUGAAUUCAUUCAUCUUUUGUGAUUGGCAAAUUUCCGCAUGUUUGAAAUGGAAUCUUUUGCAGAAUGAUUUAAAAUAUCUGUACAUGAAUGUAUAGGAAAGCCACUAAUGCAUGAUUUAAUUGUUGUGUGUAUUAUGUACUAUUAAUUUCCCAUGUUGGCAUUCUUGCUGCUAUGUAUAUUAACAAAAUACCACCUAUUCCUAUUGCUGAUUUUUUUUUUUUUUUUUUUUUUUUAAAGCCCAAAGUACUUUUGGUUUACACACGUCAUAACCUGUGAUAUCUAUUACUAGUAGCUCUUUGAAGGAAAAUACAAUUAUAAAAUAGACAGUUAUGUGUUUCUGUGUGUGUGUUGUGUCCGUUUGUGUUUGGGUGAAUUCCUGUCAGUAUUUAUGUAUUCUGUACCCAGUUACAUGGCAUAAGUAGCAUUUAUUUCAUUGGUGCCAAUGCUUUUAAUGUAGUUCAAAUUUGAGAUUGUCUGCAGAAUGUUGCAGAAGAACGAAAGUUUUAAAAAUAGACUGACAGUUUGAGUCAGCAAUAAAAGGUUCUUGCUAAGAUUUUUGUUUUCUCUUUCUAGCCCAAAAGUUAAGGCCUUGGAAAUAUCUGUGUUUCACUCUCUCCAAACCUGCUGGGGUGAACUUAAUUUGUCAUCUUUGUGCUUAUCAUAAAAUGAUAGGACUAUUGUGGUCAGUGUCAUCAGAGGCCAUAUAUAUCUGCUGCUGUUAUCUGAGUUUAUUGAACUGAAUUGGUUUUUGAGAUUGUUCACCACGUACUGCCACCUAUAAGUUUAGAAAGAAAUGUUUCUUAAACACCCUGCUCAAAUGAUUGUUUCAAAGAAGACUGUGUAACCUCUAAUUUCUAGUGUGAUUUUUAUUAAAUGUAAAACCUUUUGUACCACACAUAACCAAAGUAAAAUGCCUAGCAUUAUGGUU